AUGAAGAACCAUUUUCCGACAGCCGCAAAACACCCCAUCUCCCCUUCCCCGCUACCGAACUUCCUCUGCCACCUCUUCUUAAUCGUCUCCGCCCUCACAUUCGUGUUUCUCCUCUGCUUCCAUAACAAGACCUAUUCCUUCAUCCUGCAAAUCUCGACCACCCAAUUCUCCUUCCUCACCGCGCAGUCGCCGCUCCAGCAGCCGAGCUUGGCGCCUAAAAUCCAAGAAAUUUCGUCCUCGCCACCGGACUUGUCGCAUGGGAAGAGCGAUGAGGAGCUGCUAAUAGCGCCUAAAAUCCAAGAAAUUCCGAUCCAGCUGCCUCCGCCGCCGUCUCCGGGGGCCGACGUGGAUCUGCAGGAGCCGCUGGACUUGGCGCAUGGGAUGAGCGAUGAGGAGCUGCUGUUGAAAGCGUCCAUGGCGCCUAAAACCCGAGAAUCGGGCGUGCCAAAGGUUGCCUUCAUGUUCUUGACGAGGGGGCCGGUGGUGCUGGCGCCGCUGUGGGAGCUUUUUUUCAAGGGGAGCCGCGGGCUUUACUCGAUUUACGUCCACUCCAAUCCGUCGUUUAAUGGAUCCGAGCCCGAGGAUUCGGUGUUCCAUGGCCGGAGAAUUGACAGUAAGGAGGUAGAGUGGGGGAAUGUGGACAUGAUUGAGGCUGAGCGAAGACUACUAGCAAAUGCCCUUCUUGAUUUCUCAAACCAAUACUUUGUACUCCUCUCCGAAUCAUGUAUCCCUCUCUACAAUUUCUCUACUAUUUACUCCUAUUUACUCAACUCCACCCACAACUUCGUGGAGUCUUACGAUUUGGAG